AUGAAUACAGAUGUGCAAGCACAUUACUUGUGACAAAUAUAGAGUAUAAAACCAUUAAGGUUAUCUUAGGAUACAUUACCGAGAUAGUUGGGAAGAGUGACUGCACAAUAGCUAGGUAGGAAAGGAUGGCCGGAGGAGGAGGAGGACUACCCUACGAGUCUACGCCGUCGUGGGUGAUUGGCAUAGUGGUGUUAGUUAUUGUUGGCAUUUCUUGGGUCAUUGAUAAUAUUCUUUGUUACCUUGGAAAGGCAAGUCUUUUCCCUCCUAACCCUAAACUGUUUUUUUGCUUUUUUUUUUAUUUUUUUAUUUUUGCUGUAAAGAGAGCCGGAAGGGCAGUGAUGUAGAAGAAAUUCGAUCUCAGGUCUUGAAUACCACCCCUAAGAUUUUAACCAACUAAGCUAGUUGACAUCCAUUCUUGUUCCAAAACUGUAAUUAGUCCCAAGAAUUUUGUCUCUCGAAACUAAAAACAGUAUGUAUGUUGCAGAUGCUAAAAAGCAAGAAACGAAAAUCUCUCUAUAAGGCCUUGCAAAAGAUCAAAGAAGAAUUGAUAUUGUUGGGCUUCGUAUCUCUGCUGCUUGCUGUUUUCCAAGAUGACAUUGCAAAUAAGUGCAUAUCAGAUCAUUUGACUGAGAAGUGGAUCCCUUGUCGCGAUGACAAGUCAACCAGUAAAGCUACCUCUCAUCUUCAGAUUUCCAAUGGAGGACGUCACCUCCUAGCUGCUGAGGAUAUCUCUUCCUGCCCAUCGGGCAAGGUUUCUUUUGUAUCUAUUGGUGUACUUCAUGAACUCCAUAUCCUUAUCUUUAUAUUAGCAAUUGUUCAUGUGGCGUGUUGUACAUUGACGGUUCUUCUAGGAGAAGUGAAGAUAAGUCAUUGGAAGAAGAAGUGGGAGAGAUCUAUAAGGAAGCAGAAUAAGAAUGAUAUCAAUAAUGAUAACAGAGUAAUACAUGUCCGAAGCCUUACAUUUAUUAAGGAGAGGUGCAAAGGUGAUGAUGCUAACAAACGACAUUAUGUGAUUUCAUUCUUCAAGCAUCUAGCUGGGAUAUUAACAAAAGCAGAUUACGCAGCAAUGAGAUUGGGCUUCACAUUGACACAUUGUAACACGGAUCAAAGAUUUAACUUUCAAAAAUACUUGGUGUAUGCAUAUGAACAUGAUUUUCAGAAAGUUGUCUCAAUUAAUUGGUUCCUUUGGAUAUUCGUCGUUAUUUCCUUUACACUCAAUGUGGCAGGUUGGAACAUAUAUUUUUGGAUAUCAUUCGUUCCCUUGGUUGUCUUACUUAUUGUUGAGACCAAACUAGAACAAGUGAUCACAGAGUUAGCAAUCUAUGUUGCUCAAAGACAUACCGUGAUUGUUGGAGGAGUACAAAUUCAAACUUCAGAUUCAUUCUUUUGGUUCAGCCAACCUAAAUAUGUCCUCUUAUUGAUCCAUAUCAUCCUUUUUUUUAACUCUUUUGGGAUUGCAAUUUUCUUCUGGACAUGGCUAAAGUUCGGUUUCCACUCCUGUGUCAUGGGUGAAACUAAAUUUGUGUAUGCAAGAAUUGUUAUAAUGGUGGUUAUACAAACCAUAUGCAGUUAUAGCACUCUACCACUUUAUGCAAUUGUGACACAGAUGAGAAAUUCUUACAAUAAAGAGGCAAUGAAAAGGCUUAGCAUUGAGUCUAGCAACCGUGUUACAGAAGGCAGCAGUCCUGAAAGAUCUGAUACAAUUGUAUCAGUUGAGAUGGAAAAUCAGCUGGAAGGACAAGGAAGUAUUCAGACUGUUGAAGAAACAGAAUAA